ACCCUAUGCAAUCUCCUAUAUAAACAGGCAAACAAAGUGAUUCUUAGCUGAGAAAGCCUCUCCCAUUCUGUAGUUUCUUAUUGCUUUAGUAUUCUCUAAGUAUGGCGAUGUUGAAGUCGUCCCCCGCUUUCCUUCUUGUUGCUUUUGCUUUCUUCUUGUGUUUCAUUAUGAGCACUGGAUCUUAUGUCUAUUUUCAAUUUGUGCAACAAUGGCCACCGACAAACUGCAGAGUUCGCAUCAAGCGACCUUGCUCCAAUCCCCGGCCACUACAAUAUUUCACCAUCCAUGGCCUAUGGCCAAGUAACUAUUCAAACCCAACGAAGCCCAGUAAUUGCAAUGGGUCGCAAUUUAACUUUACGAAAGUGUCCCCUAAAAUGCGAGUCAAACUGAAGAGAUCUUGGCCCGACGUGGAAAGUGGCAAUGAUACAAGGUUUUGGGAAGGCGAAUGGAACAAACAUGGUACAUGUUCGGAAGGUUCACUUAACCAAAUGCAAUACUUCGAGCGAUCCCACGAAAUGUGGUACUCGUUCAAUAUUACAGAAAUCCUUAAAAACGCUUCAAUCGUACCACAUCCGACACAAACAUGGAAGUACUCAGACAUAGUAGCACCCAUUAAAACAGCAACUAAAAGAACACCCGUCCUUCGUUGCAAACCUGAUCCAGCACAGAAUAAGAGCGGGCCGAAGACUCAGUUGUUACAUGAAGUGGUAUUUUGUUAUGAAUAUCAUGCGUUAAAGCAGAUUGACUGUAAUCGAACAGCAGGAUGCUGGAAUAACGUCGACAUUAAGUUCCAAUAAAAUUAUAUCUAGCUUUCUAAGUGAUAAUAAUAUGGUUUGCAAGGUACUAGUGUGAUAAAAACAAAAUGAAGGAUUGCACUUAC